AGUGAAGGCAUCACGGCACGCGAAUUCACUCUGCAGCAGUGUUCGGUCGCAGCCAGCCCGUGUGGCAGCUGGGAAUGUGAGGACGCGCUUCAAGCAGCUAUUUUGAGGGACAGGGGGGACAGUAACUUGGUUGAUCAAAAGAACAGAUGCCUGCUUAGCUCGACCCCUGACCGGUACGCAGUCUUCGUCGAAACCGACGUGGUGGACUUGCCGGACCCCCGAGUGGUCAAAGGACUGAGCGUCUAUCACUGCGGGGUUGAACGCUGAAGUGGUAAGCUCGAACACAUCGGUGGAAUAAGUGUCAUUUCUUCAUCAACUGUCCAUCUUCUGGAUUAAAUGAGCCUGUUUCUCCACGACGGAUCCUCGCCGCACAUGCAAGCCAUGGAGUGAAAUUGACCGGCGUAAACGCGCACAACCUGCUGCGAUUCUCCCACGGUUGUAAACCAUAAUAAAUGAUAGAAGAUACGAUGACCCUGCUGUCCCUCUUAGGUCGUAUAAUGCGUUAUUUUCUGCUCCGGCCGGAGACCCUGUUCCUACUGUGCAUCAGCUUGGCCUUAUGGAGUUACUUCUUCCACACGGACGAAGUGAAGACCAUCGUGAAGUCGAGCCGCGACGCCGUCAAGAUGGUCAAGGGGAAAGUCGCCGAGAUGAUGCAGAAUGAGCGCUUCGGCGGCCUGGACGUCCUGGACGCCGAGUUCGCCAAGACGUGGGAGUUGAAGAGCCACAACGUCGCCGUGUACUCUAUCCAAGGGCGGCGAGACCACAUGGAGGACCGCUACGAUGUGCUCGCCGACAUCGUCAACAAGAGCCACCCGUCCAUUUUUGGGAUUUUUGACGGCCACGGCGGGGAGGCUGCUGCCGACUACGCAAAGGCUCACCUACCAGAGGCGCUCCGCCAGCAGCUGCUGACCUAUGAACGUGAGCGAGAGCGGGAUAGGGAAAAGGAUAAAGAGAAGGAUGAGAAAAAGGAUGGCAUGUCCUACCCAUCUAUCCUGGAGCAGCAGAUCCUGACGUUAGACCGCGAAAUGCUGGAAAAGCUCUCCGCCACAUACAAUGAAGCAGGCACCACAUGUCUGGUGGCCCUGCUGUCCGAUAAGGAGCUGACGGUAGCCAACGUCGGCGACUCGCGCGGAGUCCUGUGCGAUAAAGACGGCAAGGCCAUCCCGCUAUCGCACGACCACAAGCCGUACCAGCUAAAAGAGCGCAAGAGGAUCAAGAAAGCUGGCGGCUUCAUCAGUUUCAACGGCUCGUGGCGCGUGCAGGGCAUCCUGGCCAUGUCCCGCUCGCUGGGCGACUACACCCUGAAGAACCUCAACGUGGUCAUCCCCGACCCUGACAUCCUUUCCUUCGACCUGAACAAGCUGCAGCCAGAGUUCAUGAUCCUGGCAUCAGAUGGCCUCUGGGACACCUUCAGCAACGAAGAGGCCGUGCGCUUUGUCCGCGAACGCCUGGACGAGCCGCACUUCGGCGCCAAGAGCAUCGUCCUCCAGUCGUACUACCGCGGUUGCCCCGACAACAUCACCGUCAUGGUGGUCAAAUUUAAAGGCAAAGCUGGAGAGCAGUAGAACAACCACGUCCGUUUUCUGUGUGAAAGAAUAAGCACCAUACCUGAAUUUUGGAGAGAGAAUCAAUUUUAAUGCAGAUGUUUAAAAACGGCAUCAAACCAUGCGCCCCUUUCAUUUUAGCCCUGUAAUGCCUGACCCAUCAAGGAAUAGCCAGAAAAAUCGGAUUUUUGGGAACUGAGAUGUUCAUUAACCCUUAUAACAAAAUCCACAAAAAUAUUUUUGCCAUAUUAUGUUGUUUUAGAUAUUUGUCAUAUCACAUUGAUAAGCAUUUUGUAGAUUACAUCUGAAAAUGAUAAUUUGGGGAAAACCAUAUUUUAAACCUGCAGUGUCAAAUUUGAUACAGAUGAUUUAAUGUCAUAUAAAGAAUGAAUUACAUCAUGAAAAUGCAUGUAUCAAAUAUGACACAAAUGGCAUUAUAGGGUUCAUGCCAUAUUUUGCAUUAAUUUACCACUGAGAAUUCUUUGUGGGAAUGAUUAUCGAUUAUACUAAAGCAAUAGAGGCUAAAUGGAAUUUUAUAAUAAUUGGAAACCCAAGACGCGCAUUUGAUUUGUCCUAACUGCAGUGAACUCCGUUUAUAGUGGGGGAUGAGUUCCAGACCCACCUGUGGUAGGUAAAAAUCCACGAUAUAGGAAACCCAUUAAAAAACAAAAACUGCUUUUGUAAAGUUUAUCCCUCGCCACACAAAUUUAUUAAGACAUACUUUUUAAAGUAUGCCUCAGCACCUGCUCUCGCUCUCUGGCUUACACAGUUCUUCAAAUAAUAGGCUCACACUACCGGUUGAAGUGAACUGUAAAACGGACAAAUAAAACAAAGGAGAUUUAAAGAUUGGAUGUUUCCAGACCAAAAUGUCCAACCAAACUGGAUAGCUGCAUCUCGUGAGAGUCUGUUUUCUUAAUGCUAAGAUACAAACGGCGUAUCCGGGCAAAUAAAAAUUAGCAUACAUGUUACGGUAAAGUCAUUCUAAACCUUCAAAGAACUGCUACUUUUCCACUCAUGGAGGAGCCACACAUACAAAACCGGGUUGACAACAGUGCACACGGCCAUACAAAAUAUUCCCUCUGCUAUGUGACCCGUGUUUUAAAUGACAUACUUGGCAUAGGAUUUCAUUGUCUCGAACAUUUUCACUGUGUGUUUGUCAGGUCAGAUGUUUCAGCUCUUGUGAUUGCCCAAUGUUAGUCAAGGUUUGUACAGCAAUAGGAGCCACCACUUGUCCCGAUAACAGAGAAGGAUGAGUGCGCUUGUACAGCAUGGGACUGAUACGUUUUAUCCUUUUUGAACGUUUUAGUUCAUAAUAAACAAUUGGGGCAAUUUUUGUUUUCGGAUUGUUGAUGACUUUUUACUAUUUGUUUUUCUAGUCGGACCUGAUUUAUUCGAACGUUUGCUCUGUUACUCGUGCAAAUGUUGAACACAAUAACACAAGGUCACAUUAAAUGAGUGUUCAAAUGUAGUAACGUUUCCUUCAUAAAGCAGCCAUCUCUAAUGACACUCAACUAAUGGUUGCCGGAUGACGUAAACACCAAAUGUUUGUCAGAAAUCAUGAUUAAACACAAUCUACAGUUACAUCCUAGUAGCGGUCACCUUCAGUUUUUCUGAACCGUAAAUGAAACAAACCUUUGAAUGAAGCGUAUUACUGUUGCCUUCUUUUUAACAGUUUCUUGUAAUAUCUGCUGCCAUUUUUUUUCAAAAUGCGCCCCGCAUGACUGUCUCACUCUAAUAAGUAACAUGUAAAGUAGAAAUACUAAAAAAAAAAAAAAAAAAAAUGAAAAGUAAGAUGAAUGUACAUAACAGUGAGGUGCAUUUGUUCGGAUCGCCUGUUUGGGGUUUUCUCAUUCAAGCCUUUGUCAUUCAUUACGAACAUUGCAGAAUGUCGGAUUGGUAUUCGUAUAUGUGUGCUUUCAUAAAAUGUACGGAUUUGGGGUAAACGUUAUUUUAAGGUGUAAUUCAGAAAAAAAAGUUGACAUUAAAACGAGAAGGAUUACGUGA